AUGCGACAGCCCGGCACCCUCCUGCCAUUGAUCCAUGUCUGGCCUAGGCCAGGAUACAACCCAAACCAAAGCCGAAGGCCCGACUGUGCACGCCCUAGGCUCGCCCCGCCACUGCCGGCCACCUUUCACCCAGGCUACCCAAGCCCAGCCGCACUCCCACAGCUCCAAUCACUUUGCCCGGCACGCCCACGAUUUAUAGACUUUCUCCCGCCCCUUUCCCCAGCCGCUUCCGCAGGCCUCCGGCCCCUCCCCGGCCCCUCCCCGGCGCUCUGUUGGUCGGCCGCGGCCGGGGCGGCGGUCGGGGUGGUGCCCGCGCUGCUGCCCGCCGCCACCAUGAGCUGCGCCGCGCUGCUGGGGCCGCGGGCGCCGCGGCUUCUGGGGGCCGCCGUCCGCCCGCCCCGCUGGAGCCGCCGGCGCAGCGCGGGCUGCGAGCCCCCGGCGGGCGCCGCCGUGCGCAUCGGCUGCGCCUCGGGCUUCUGGGGCGACACGGCGGCCGCAGUGCCGCAGCUGCUGUACGGAGGGAAGCUGGAUUUCCUCGUCUUCGAUUACCUGUCCGAGAUCACCAUGUCGCUGCUGACGGCCGCCAGGGCCCGGUCUCCCGUUUUAGGUUACACUCCGGAUUUUGUCACCACUGCCAUGGCUCCGUAUAUAAAAGAUAUUCACAGGAAAGGUGUUCGUGUCAUCAGUAAUGCUGGUGGAAUUAAUCCACUUGCUUGUGCAGCUGCCCUUCAGGAUGUGGCAAAGAAAGCAGAUGUUGAUUUGAAAAUAGCUGUUGUUGCUGGAGAUGAUCUAAUGAGUGAGAAAGAGAACUUAAAAGGAGCUGGUAUCACUGAUUUAGAGAGUGGCAAACCAUUUCCAGAGAAUAUUCACAGCAUGAAUGUAUAUCUUGGUGCAAGACCAAUCAGCAGGGCUCUAGACCUUGGAGCUGAUAUUGUUGUGACGGGUAGAUGUGUUGACAGUGGGAUUGUAUUAGGACCACUCAUUCAUUCUUUUGGCUGGAAUAGGGAUGAAUACGACUUGCUAGCUGCAGGAAGUCUUGCAGGUCAUCUCAUUGAAUGUGGUGCUCAGUGUACAGGUGGAAUAUUCACUGAUUGGCACACAGUACCCGACUGGCACAACAUAGGCUUUCCCGUUGUAGAAUGUUCCUCUGAAGGAGACUUUAUUCUUUCCAAACCACCAGACACAGGGGGACUAAUCUCUUUUGGCACUGUAGCUGAACAGUUGGUAUAUGAAUUGGGAAAUCCUCAGCGCUAUCUUUUACCAGAUGUUACAUGUGACUUUUCCCAAGUUUCGAUCACUGAAAUUCCAGGUUUUGAUGGUGGAGCAGUGAAAGUUUGUGGAGCCAAAGGAUCGCCUCCGUCAACAUUUUAUAAGGUAAAUGCCACUUAUCUUGAUGGCUUCAGAGCUACUGCUGUCUGUCCAGUGGGAGGUCCAAAGGCAGUACAAAAAGGAAAACGCACUGCAGAAGGUAUUCUGCAAAGGACUCGUCUUAUUUUCAGUCAGCUCGGUUAUGAAGAUUACAGUGCAGUUAACAUACAGAUUUUAGGGUCUGAAGAUACAUAUGGACCUCAUGCUAGAAGGAGUAUAGAUGGUGGUCCUCGGGAAGCUGUUAUUUGGCUUGCUGUACACCAUAAACAAAAAGAAGCUGUAGAAAUCUUCUCUAGAGAGAUUGCACCAGCUGGAACUGGCAUGGAAUGA